ACAUAUUAUAGCUGCUGUAAAUCUAUAAAGUGACUAAGUGUUAGGUCCAUUUGUUACUAACCAAUUUCGUAAAUCUUUCAACUGAGUUCAUUUCAGUCCAGCAUGUUGUAAGACCGAUGGCACCCACUUGGUGGCAGUGACACGCCACCCGCAAAUACCUUGACCCGGCGAAGAAGACGUACCUGGAAAGUUGGACCCCGCAAACAUGGCGGACGCUGCGCCCAGCUGCCAAGUGAGCUCCAGUCCAAGCUAAGCUGACCAAGAGAGGCUGCGUCCGACGAGCGCGGAUGACUUCUCAUGUUUCAUGGACGUCCCGGACCCGCGGGGACUCUAAGCGUUUCGCCUAAGUCGAAUGGAGUCGGCUCAAGCCCGCGUAGGCCAGCAGGCCUUGGCGGUGCUCGAUGUGGCGCUACGGGUUCCUUGCGUCUUUAUCAUCGACGCCAUUUUCAACUCGUACUACGACCCCGGGCCCGGGUGGGCCGGCGCCGUGGCGAAGGCUCUGGUCCGAGUGUUGGGUGUCCUCGUCUCCAGUGUGGUGCUGCUGCUCUCUCAGAAGGCCUUGUUCAAGUUCUACACGCUCUUCUUGGCCGUCCUCCUCGGCGCGGCGGCGGUCCUCGUCAACUACCACUGCACGUCCCACAUCGACUUCUACAGCGCCUACUACAAGGCGGCGCUGGGCUUUAGACUUCUGCCCAGGAACGGGCCGACGCUGUGGCUGGGCGUGGCGGCGGUCCAGCUGGUCUUUGGGGUGGGCUACGUGUACCUCUUGAAUCUGCAGUCGUCGCUGGCCGCCCUGGUGGUCCUGGACAUCAUGGUCCCCGUGUGGGGGCUGAUGAUCGAGCUGCCGCUGGACGUGCGGCGGAUGGUGGCCGUGUUCUCGGGCACGGCGCUGGCGCUCAACACGGCCGUGUGCCUGGUCGUGAGGCUCAAGUGGUUCUACUACUCGUGCCGCUACGUCUACCUGCUGGUCCGCCACAUGUACCGCAUGUACGGCCUGCAGCUGCUUCUGAAGGACACCUGGAAGAGAAUCCGGUUCCCUGAUGUCCUGCGAGUAUUCUGGCUGACGCGGGUCACCGCCCAGGCCCUGAUCCUGGUCUACGUGGUGCGGGCGGUGCGGCGAGAGAGCGGCGACGCCACCGGCGUGGCAACAGACGGGAGCUCGGACUCGCAGGGUUACACGCUCAGCUGGGAUGUGUUCUGGGACGUGACGAGUAAUCUGAUCAUCUCCGGGUGUGAUUCCACACUCACAGUUCUGGGCAUGAGCGCCGUCAUCUCAUCUAUGGCGCACUACCUGGGCCUCAGCAUCCUCACCUUCAUCGGUUCCACUGAGGAGGAGGACAAACGGUUGGGCUUCGUGGCUCCGGUCUUGUUCUUCAUUCUGGCCCUGCAGACGGGCCUCAGCAGCCUGGACCCCGGGGAACGACUGGUCCGUCUGAGCCGCAACAUGUGCCUUCUGCUGACGGCCAUCCUGCACUUCAUCCAAGGUAUGACCGACCCGGUGCUGAUGUCACUCAGCGCCUCGCACGUCACCUCGUUCCGCCGACAUUUCCCCGUGCUGCUGGUGUCGGCGGCGCUCUUCUCGCUCCCGGUGGUUCUCAGCCACGCCCUGUGGCACCACUACGCCCUCAACACCUGGCUCUUCGCCGUCACCGCCUUCUGCGUGGAGCUCUGUCUGAAGGUGGUGGUGUCGCUGACCGUCUACGGCCUUUUCAUGGCGGACGGCCUCUCCAACGUCCUGUGGGAGAAGCUGGACGACUACGUCUACUACGUGCGUUCCACGGGAAACAUCAUCGAGUUCCUGUUCGGCGUGGUGAUGUUCGGGAACGGCGCCUACACCAUGAUGUUUGAGUCGGGCAGCAAGAUCCGCGCCUGCAUGAUGUGCCUGCACGCCUACUUCAACAUCUACCUGCAGGCCAAGAACGGCUGGAAGACCUUCAUCAACCGCCGCACGGCCGUCAAGAGGAUCAAUUCGCUGCCGGAGCUGCGCGGCGACCAGCUGAGGGACAUCGAGGACGUCUGCGCCAUCUGCUACCAGGACUUUGCCACCUCGGCCCGCAUCACGCCGUGCCACCACUUCUUCCACGCGCUGUGCCUCCGCAAGUGGCUGUACAUCCAGGACACCUGCCCCAUGUGCCACCAGAGGGUCAAUGUGGACGACGACAGCCAGGACACGGACGCCUUCUCCAACAACAACGGGUACGCGCCGCCGCCGGACAAUGACGACGCGGCCCCGCCGCUGGCGAGGGAGAACCAGCGGCAGGAGCCCGGCGACGGCCAGCCCUUCAACCGAGCGGCGGGCGCGGCCGCCGCCGGCGGGCCGGCCGCGCCGGACCACGAGCUGCUGGAGGACAACGACAGCAUCGAGUACGACGACGACGAGUGGGGGGUGCAAAACGGCAGCACGCCCGUAGAAGAAGAAUAUUUGAACGAUGACACAGACUCCACGGAGGACUGACCGGUUUAAUUUAAGUCCGAAACACAGCAUUUUAAUCGAAACAUGUCAGGGAUGUGAUUUUUUUUUUUUAAUUUUACUUUAAAGAAGCGCGUGGUGUCAACAAAACCAUUCUUUGCACAUUCUCUUCCUGCGUUGAAACGUCAGUGCACUUUUCCCAGCAUCUCCCGCUGCGGAGCCUGCUGAGGUUUGUGUCACAAUCAGCACAAGAACUUGUGACCCGGACACGCAUACAUUCAAAAUAAUAAAAAAAUCUGGAUUGUUAAAAAAAAAAAAAAAUAUAUAUAUAUAUAUAAUGUUAUGAAGUGCUCGCUAAUGGACUUGAGCUCAGGUUGUGCCACAUGUCCCCUCGGCCAAUCAGCAAAGCGGAAGCGUCUGACGUCCUACUGGUCUCUUGUGUGACCGUGCCUGCAUUUAUGUACGUUCUUGUACAUGUGAUUAAAGCAACACACUGAGAUAUUCUCGUCAGUCCGGUUCUGAUAAGAAGUACUUUUGAGAACUGCUUUUUCCUAAACAAAUAAAACAUGCAUUCAAGGGGAUUGUGUUGAGUGUAAAGAAAGCAAGCGACAAUGGAGCGGGUGCUAGUGUUUGCAGAUUUCACCAAAGGAGGUGAAGGUAACCUCAUACAGUGGGGCAAAAAAUGUAUUUAGUCAGCCACCGAUUGUGCAAGUUCUCCCACUUAAAAUGAUGACAGCCCAAAAGCAUGAUGUUUCCACCCCCAUGCUUCACAGUAGGUGUGGUGUUCUUGGGAUGCAGCUCAGUAUAAUGAGUUUAUACCGAAAAGUUCUAUUUUGGCUUCAUCUGACCACAAGACAUUCUCCCAAUCCUCUGCUGUAUCAUCCAUGUAUCCAUUUUGGUAUAAACUCAACUCGUCGUGUUUGGAGGAAGAAGAAUACUGAGUUGCAUCCCAAGAACACCACACCUACUGUGAUGCAUGGGGGUGGAAACAUCAGGCGUUUUUUCUGCUAAGGGGACAGGACGAUUGAUCCGUGUUAAGGAAAGAAUGAAUGGGGCCAUGUAUUGUGAGAUUUUGAGCCAAAACCUUCCAUCAGUGAGAGCUUUGAAUGGUUGACCGAAUACUUAUUUUCCACCAUAAUUUACAAAUAAAUUCUUUAAAAUUCCUACAAUGUAAAUUCCUGGAUUUUUUUUCCACAUUCUGUCUCUCACAGUUGAAGUGUACCUAUGAUGAAAAUGACAGACCUCUGUCAUCAUUUUAAGUGGGAGAACUUGCACAAUUGUGUUUUUUUUGCCCCACUGUAGGUCCCGACUGUUUCGUCUCAGGGUUCCGAUGCCGGUAUACAAGAUGCGUACCUUUCCAGGUUUAAGCUGAGCAGGUGGACAGGUUUUGCUGCUAUGGCAAAUAUGUAUUUGUAGAAAAGAAGCACUUUGCAGCAGACGUCCCACUGAACACUAUAUCCUACUGGCAUAAAAUGAGGUAUUUUGAAAACUUUGUGCGUUUGUACUGAGGAGUAAAGCAAAAGUGUUGCUUUGUGUUCCGGGGACUUUGGCUAAAGAAGACGACGGUUUGGAAAGCUUUUUGACAAGGCUGGAUGCUGCCUUUUGUUUUUAAAAAAAGAAAAAAAAAGAUCAACGUCAUUAAAAAUCACGUUUGAUAUUG